AGAGCCUUAAGGCUCUGAAUGCACCUUCUCAGUCUCUUGUGUUAGCUACAGCCAUGAAUAUCCUGUAUCCUAACUCUGGGUGCCGGAACCUUCCAGGGACCAGAGAGGAUGAUGAUGAUGAUGCUGAUGAUUAUGAGAACAUGGCGCCAUCCUACAAGGCCCUUCCUCCCAAGCCAGCUUCAGCGGCUCCACCAAGGCCUCCAAGGGCAGGAAUACAAGCAGAAACUCCUCCACUUUCCAGAAAGCCCCUGAAAACCACAGGCCUGGACCUCACCCCUGUCACCCGCAUAUCUCAACUGGGAAUUGCUCUCGAGGUUCCUCCAUUCCAGCCAUCCCGAGCCACAACCCCAGUGCCUUGGAUCAGUCAGAAAUCUGGGGGUCCUGGGUGCUUCCAGGAGGAGAGAUGGCUGGUUUUCCUGUGUCUUCUCGUGGUGGUGUCACUCUUCUUGGGCUGCACUGGUCUGGCUGUAACCCUGAUUAAGUACCAGGCGGUGGUGGAAGAACUGAAGAUGUUAACCAUUCAGCAGAUGGCGUGGCAAGCAAAUGUGACUGGCAUGGCGGGGCUUGCUGGCCUGAAGAAGGACAUUGACCGAGUAAGAGCUGACACCAACCAGUCGGUGAUGGAACUUCGGGGCUUAUUAGACUGUGCCAGGGUCUCCUGCCCUGAGGGCUGGCUCCCUUUUAAAGGCAAGUGUUACUACUUCUCCCCCAACACCAAGUCAUGGGAUGAAGCCCGAACGUUCUGCCAAGAGAAUUACUCUCACUUGGUCAUCAUCAGUAGCAUGGAUGAGCAGAACUUUGUGGUCAAGGCUCACGGCUCUCCACGGGUGCACUGGCUGGGACUGAGUGACAGGGAACAUGAAGGGGACUGGAAGUGGCUGGAUGGGUCGCCUGUCACUUUGAGCUUCUGGGAUCCAGAGGAACCUAACAACCUGAAUGAUGAGGACUGUGUCAGCAUGACCAAACAAGGCACCUGGAAUGACCUCGCUUGCAACAUAGCUACAUAUUGGAUUUGUGAGCGGAAAUGCUCCUGUUGAGCCCCAGAGAUGAGACUGGGUGGGGGUCCAUAUCCGAGCGCCCCUUGACUCUUGGAGAUGAGAAGUUCCUGCCCUUCCUGCCUCUCUAGGAACUGAUUUGGAUGCGCCCAA